AUGCCACCAAACGGUGACAAGACUGAUUGGAUGAUGCAUGAGUUUACAUUAAAUGCACAUUCCAGAGAGCGAAAAAGUGCAAAUGAUAUGAGGUUGGAUGAUUGGGUUUUAUGCAGGGUUUAUAAGAAACCUAAGAAUUCGAACAAAGUCAAACAACUAGAUCAGUCCGAGCUAGAUAAUUAUCCUGUUGCAGCAACAUUGUCAGAAGAAAAGACUCCAUGUGUUAAUAAUAACAACAAUGUCGCAGAAAUGAAUUUGGAUUAUAAUAGCAUGGGAUAUUCAAGUCAAUUUAUUAACACAUGCAGUGACUUCUGUCAAUCCCCUUCGCUAGAUGAACUCAUAAUGCCUGAUUUCACAGAUUCUUAUGCUUGCCUCCCAGAACUCAAAAUGCCUGAUUUCACAGAUUCUUAUGCUUGCCUCCCAGAACACAAAAUGCCUGAUUUCACAGAUGCUUACGCUUGCCUCCCUGACAUUGAAUUACCUUUCGAAAAAUGUUAG